AUGCAGGCAGGUCAAAUGUCCGACAUGGAAGAGCAACAAAACUAUGAACGUCUCGAGUACGUUGAAGGUGAACAGAAAGCGUCUGACGUGGUACUCGAAGACGACCUGGACGCGCAUCCUCAUCGCCCGAGCUACACUGAACUAAGCCCUGGAGACGACCCAACUAGUACUGACUUGUACACGACCUAUUCAUCAUCGCAUACCAGCGCCCCUGGCCACGAUAACGGUGAGCUAAUCAGUGGCAUUGGAUCGAACUAUCACUACGACCAGCACCAGUCGGCGCAGCUGCACGAUGAGAACAGCCAUGAUAACAGCGGGCAUACCGACGAUUCG